GUAUAUGUAUGUAUAGAUAUGUAUGCAGCUACACGCACCUUCAUUUCUAGUUCCGCGAGUCAUCGUAAAAUUAAACUGAUAGUGCGCGUACGCAAGUGUCUGAAUUUGUCAACCUACGGACUCCUGCUCGCCCGUUGACCGGACACUCCGUCAUACCGUUACCACUUCCGUGAGUCCGUCAUCACCCCGUCAGUCCGUCACCACUUCCGUCAGUCCGUCACCACUCCCGUCCGUCCGUCACCACUCCCGUCCAUCCGUCAUCACUCCGUCAAUCCGUCAUCGCUCCGUCAAUCCGUCACCACUUAGCCUAACUGUCGCCUACCACUCCGACCGUCACUAUACUAAGUCACCAUCCUCACCUCCUACAGACCGCGACAAAUCCGGUAAGACAGACAGCAGGGUGUGUGUGUGUGAUACAGGGCUUCGUGUAGAAGGCACCGGUGCGUUCGCCGCAGCCCCGCCAGCAGCAGGCAGCGAUGGGCAGCUCGGGCAGCGUGUUCAGCGAGGAAGAGCUGACUGCAUACCAGGACGUCACCUACCUGACGUCGCAGCAGAUCCUGCGCGUCUACGAGCGCUUCACGCAACUCGCCGACGACGUCGGCCGCGACACGCGCCUGCCGAAGCGACUGAUCAGCGAGCUUCCAGAGCUGCGCGUCAACCCGUUCCGCGAUCGCAUUGCCGACAUCUUCUCGCCAGACGGGGAGAGCAUCGGCUUCGAGGAUCUACUGGACAUGAUGUCAGUGUUCUGUGAACAAGCGCCGCCUUCCAUCAAGCUAGAGUAUGCCUUCAGGAUCUACGACUUUGACGAGGACGACAUGCUGUCCGAGGGUGACAUCGCCACAGUGGUCAGACGGCUGACCAGAGAGAGCCCGCUGGACGACAGGGACAUGAAGCAGCUGGUGGGCAACAUUAUGAAACAGGCCGAUCUAGAUGACGACGGACUGCUGAGCUAUGCAGAGUUCGAGCACGCAGUCUACAAGGCACCUGAUCUCAUACACCUGUUCAAGAUCAGGAUGUAGACACGUGACUUUCACACACCUGCUCAAGAUCAGGAUGUAGACACGUGACCUUCACACACCUGUUGAAGAUCAGGAUGUAGACACGUGACCUUCACACACCUGUUCAAGAUCAGGAUGUAGACACGUGACCUUCACACACCUGUUCAAGAUCAGGAUGUA